CUUCCUUCCUUCGUCGAUUCGGCUGGUCCCAAUCGAUCCGAUCUGUUUAUCCGCGGUUAUCGUUAACCUGUUGGAAGCUCCGCCCAACUCAAUUUCGACUGGGUAACUCGAAUACCCAAUAUCAUUGACAAGUUUGUCCUUCGGACGCGACGCCAUGGCUUCUGCUUCCCGUGAGCAGAACUCCUCGGCAGGUGCUCUGGAAGCAGAGCAACCGAAAAUGGACCACAAAGUAACCGCGCAGUCGCCUCCCUCCGACAAUGACAGCGGCGAACGUCCCGUGCGACAACAGCUUAAGGAGACCAACCUCGACUCUGUGGGUGAAAAAGACGGUUCUGCCCGUGCAAACCGAAAGCGCUCUUUCGACAACACAGAUGGGGCCAACGACACACCCCCAACCAAGCGAUCCCGAGAAUGCACCCCGGACAACAACUCCAAUCACGCUGGAAUCUCCAAGGAUUCCACUACCCAAGAUGUGAGUGACAUCGUGCUGCCCAAAGCACCUGCGAACACUUCAGUUCACAAUACACUUCUGUCCCACAACCCGAUCAUGAGCCAUAUCCCCGAGACCAAGGUCCAGUUUCCCCUGGACUUCGAGAUCAAGAUCUCAAUUGCUGGAUCCGAGCAAAUUAGCCGUUUGACCAUUCCUGUUGAGGUUGGUAUCAAGGUGACAGCCGGAGUGGUCUCCUUGGCUUCCCCAACUUCGAGAUCCGCUGAAGGCGAAUCCUCCAAAAUCCAUAUUACCAUUCCUUCCCCAAAGCUUAUUCCCCCAUCUGGAAACCCUUCCACUGGACCCUCUUCCCCUGGACACCUUUCCCCUGGACACCUUUCCCCUGGACACCCUUCAUCUGGGCACCCUUCAUCUGGGCACCCUUCAUCUGGGCACCCUUCAUCUGGGCACCCUUCGUCUGCCCACCCUUCAUCUGCCCACUCUUCAUCUGCCCACUCUUCAUCUGCCCAUUCUUCAUCUGCCCACUCUUCAUCUGAGCACCCUUCAUCUGAGCACCCUUCAUCUGAGCACCCUUCAUCUGCGCAACCCUCAUCUGAGUACCCUCCUCUUGGAGAGCCCUCCCAUUGGCACCGCUCAAUUGAAUCCUACAUACAUGAUGACCCUUCAUUCCACAUUUAUGAAGAGCCUGAGUCAAUUGGGGAUUCUUCAUCUGAAAACUCUCUACCUGACUACCGUUCACCUGAAUACCCGUCCUCCCCACCUCCUGACCCAUGCAGUCCAACGGAUUUCAAUUACCCUAACCCCAUGGUUGAAAUCAUUGAUUCUAACGACUCUCAAUCCCCACAGAGUCUUGAAACGACCACCGGCGGAAACGAGGAUGAGUCUUCACAAACCCUCAAGAAGAAACGGAGUCGAGAACAACUUGAGGAUGAUGCCUCGAAGAAUUCCCACACCGCGACUGACCCCGCACCCGGCUUGACUGAGACGACUUCAGACGAAAAAUCUACUGCCGAAGGACAACCCGAGAAGAAGAGACCCCGCGACAAUUCGGAGGAGCGCAAGGCUAAGGUGGACCAGACUUUCACCGCGAGUGCAUUUGGAAAGGCUUCUGCCGCGCCUUCCCCUUUCGCAAUGCCUGGAACUAAAUCGAGCUCUGAUGCUUCGCCUUUUGCAACCAGCGGUGCCUCGACUACUGGUUUCGGUGCCCUCGGAUCCGGCUUUUCUGCCUUUGGUAGCGCUUUCCCUGCUACCUCUGGUAAACUUACCAGCUUCGCGUCUCCCAACGCCCCCACUGCUUUCUCUGGAACAGCCGGUAAGCUGACCAGUUUUGCAUCUGCCAACGCCCCCACCAGUUUCUCUGGAACAGCCGGUAAACUGACCAGUUUUGCAUCUGCCAACGCCCCCACCAGUUUCUCUGGAACAGCUGGUAAACUGCCCAACUUUGCAACCCCCAAUACCCCCUUUUCCUUUGACCAGAAGCUUGGUGCAGAUGACUCCGAGGAGGAAAGUGACCACGACGAAGUCGGUGAACCCAGUGGCACCUUUGUUGCCGAGAAGCCCGACUCGCGUUUCCACGAACAAACUGGUAUGGACCCCUUCCUGCCUCUACCUCCCCCCUGGAUCCCGUAUAUGGCCCGUGACUCAUUCGAACGUGAACCCCCAGUUGAAACCGGCGAAGAAAACGAGAGCACUGAGUUCACAGCCAAGGGCAAGUUGUACUACUUUGACGACAAAAAAUGGAAGGAGCGUGGUACCGGCACCUUCAAGCUCAAUCUCAAGACGGAGUCCAAUGGAAAGAAAUCCGCUCGCAUUAUCAUGCGCGCCGACGGUGCCUUGCGUGUCAUGUUGAACAGUGCGGUUUGGCAUACCAUGCCCUUUGGUGAUGCUAAGGGUUCUCGCCCGACCACUCGGGAUAUCUACCUCGCCAGCAACGAAGACGAUAGAGUUGUGAGCCUUCUUCUCCGGCUCGGCAAUGAGAAGCAGACUGGUGACUUGUUUGAUGUACUAAAGGAUGUUAUGGAGAAAAUUUGAGUUGACC